AAACGCAGAUUCGUCGCGAACCAUAACGGACGUGGAGAAGUGCUCCGUCGUGCUCGCAUCCACUCUCUUCUCCAUCCCGUGUCUCUUGAAGAAAAAAAACGUGUGAUCGUUUCGUCGGCGUCCUUAAGUGAAUCCCGCGUUGCCACCACUUCGAUGAUGGAUAUUUCAAAGUCCCACACAAGCCCGAGCCUUCUCUGAUCGUCAGCAUCCUGUUUACCUCGCUUUUGUUCCUUCCGACGAAAACGAUGCGGUGGUUCCUCGUGCCCGCGUCGACAGUUCUCUUGUGUCUGUGUCUCGGAGCAGUGCGCUGCGCAUCGGAUAUCGGCGGCUCCGACCCCACGCUGGGACACGUGGUCCGCGAACUGCGGGCCGAACUCCAGGCGCUCCAGCGAGCGCGCGAACAGGACAGAUUACUUCUCCGCAGGUUAGAAGAGCGGCUGUCUUCGACGACUGCGACCACGACACCGUCGCCGACCGUCGCGGCUCCGGAGGCAACGCAUCAUCAUCACGCUAAAAGGCACCACGAGGAGCAGCGCGCCUUCGCGCGGUCCCUGCGCGCUUUGGAGCACGAGCGCGCCGCUCUUGACACCCUCGGCGAACAGCUCAGGCGGAUGAAGCUCGACCUCAACCAGGUAGUGAAGGACCGGGAACGUCCCGUCGACGCCGAGGCGCUCCUCAGGGCUGACGUGGACAAGCUGCAGCUCCAGCUCGACUCGCUGAGGUCCGAGCAGUCCGACGAGGUGUCCAGGACCGCGGCUCGCGACCGGGCGCACCGGGCCUCGGUGGACUGGCUGAGGAGCACGAUGGAAGAGCUCAAGACGGAGCUGGCCGAGCUCGCCAAGGACACCAACGUGACGGCGGCGCUGAGUCUGAGCCGGGAGUUUGAGCGGGAGGCUUCCACGUUGAGGGCCGACCUGUCCGAGCUCAGGAACGAGGCUCGGGCGCUGCGGGCGACGCAACAGCAGCAGCAGGCCCGCGAGGCGCAGGCGACCGGGGAACGCGCCGAGCUUCGGGUGCUCCUUCAGAAGCAAGCCGUCGCGCAGCGGGAUCUUGCGCAGCAGUUGUCCGAGCUCACGGAGGACUUCCGGAACCAGCAAGUGAAGCAAAGAAAGAACAAAGAGAAGACAAAGCGACAUGACGACGUGGAUCUCGAGUUUGAGGGCUCUGGGUUAGGAGACACCGAAGAUCAACCACGCACAGACCCCGAGAUUCGCGACCACCGCCAUGAGCAGCACGGCCUCCGUCGCAUAGUUUCCCAACUCGAGGACACAGUCCAGGCGCUCUCUCACAACCAGGACAAGCUGUCCAAGGACGUCACCCUCAUGCGUCACAACGACACCCACCUAGCAGCAAUCGUGUCCAACAUGCAGCGCAGCGCGGACGCCAUCGCUCCGUUCACAACGGGCGACCUCGACGCCCAACUGCGCAGCCUCCGCGAGCAGGUCCACGCCCAGAGCGAGACGAUCCGUAAUGUCGCCAACUCCGUCCAGAGCGUGGACAAGGUCCACGCGUCCACCGUUGAACUCUUCCGGGACAUCCGAACGCUCGAGAAGAAAGUGGACCGGGGGCUGUCCGACCUCCGCAAGGAGGUCUCCAAGUCGGAGUUCGACGUCGCACGGGCGCUGUCCCUCGCCAAAGGCGCGCAGCGAGACGAGGUCGCCAGGCGCGACUCCUUGGGCACCCUCAGGGCAGAUGUCCUGCGCGCUCGGGCCGAGCUCGAGAAAAACCGCUACAAGAUCCUCGCUCUAGAAAACCUGGUUCUGAAUGCGACCGUUUCCGGACGCAAGGCCGGGAACCACUGGGUGUCCCAGGAGGUGAAGAUCGCCAACCUGGAAGUGGGCAGCACUAGGCUCUCCAAGAUGCUGCACAGAAACAGCGGGAAGUUGACGCGCCUCGCCAGGUCGCUGGACAAGGUUGUGAACCGGGAGGUGCUGGACGAGUGGAAGAGGCAGCAGGAGGACUUGGCCAAGGCCAUCCGCAACGUGACCGACCAGGUGCCCCGACUCAGGAGCAACCUCACACGGCUCGAGGCGGAGAUGGGGAAGUUGGAGGACAACCUCCCUCAGGACUGCUCAGCGGUGAAGGACUCCUCCCGCAGCGGCGUCUACCUCAUCCACCCGCGCCAAUCCGCCACAGCCCUCAAGGUCUUCUGCGACAUGGACACCGAGGGGGGCGGUUGGACCCUGGUGCAGCGUCGCCGCGACGGCUCCGAAGACUUCUACCGCACCUGGGCCGACUAUCGGCGAGGCUUCGGCAGUCCCGGCGCCGAGCACUGGCUGGGCAACCAGGCCCUCCACGACCUGACCUCUUCGGCAAACUACUCGCUCCGCGUCGACCUCUGGGACACGGCGGGCCGCUACAAGUUCGUCGAGUACAACCGCUUCCGAGUUGCCUCCGAGGCAGAGCGGUACCGGCUGGAGGUGUACGGGUACCACGGCAAUGCCAGCAACGCGCUCGAGUACCACUCCGGGAUGGCGUUCAGCACGGCCGACCGGGACAACGACUUCAGCUCGACGCACUGCGCCAUGUACUACUCGUCUGGCUGGUGGUACAACCACUGCCAGUACGUGAACAUCAACGGCAAGUACAACGUGGGCCUGACAUGGUACGACAUGGACGCUCUCGAGUGGGUCCAGCUGUCCAGGGUCGAGAUGAAGGUGCGGCCGGCGCGGACGAAGAGGAAGCGGUGGACAAGAGGCAAGGCCGCCUGAGCUUCCCCUCCACACGCUACCCCACGUGUGUAGGUAAAAAAGGUUUUAAUUUAAUAAAGAAGAAUGAAUGUACAUACGCAAGCCCACCUCCUCGCCACCGCACGAGGAUCGUGGAAUGAGUCAGCAGAAAUCGCCAGUGCCAUAAAGUGCCAUGACAGAACUCUCGAGGUGACGAAGUGCACGAAUCAGGGACCAAGACUGAGGUGAACGCUCAGCAAACUUUGACGGACUGUGCUCGCUCUGUUCACACAGUUUUUUUUUUUUUUUUUUUUUGUGCCGAUCAAGUUGUGAAUUUGGCGUCAACUUGCCAUGGACAGUCACGGGCUGCCCCCUUGUCUUAUCGGACACAUGCUUCUGUUUGUACUGUGUUUAUGAUACUGCUGUGUUUCUGGUCAUGCUUAGCAAACGAGUAGAUGGUAUAUCAAUCAUGGUGCAUUAGAUAGUCACGCCUCUGAUGAAGAAACGAGCAUAGGUCUACAUGAAGCAGUCUACGAGUGUGUCCAGCAAUGUGUAGUUUCUCACGGGAUUCGCUGUAGUUUCUGCAAAGGUUUUGAGCAGCAGCAAACUUUUCUGUGCGAGCAGGAAUUAUCUCAGGUGCACCGCCCCGACCUCCCCGCCAUAAGAAAACCGAAAAGUUCCUGCGACUCGGCUUCAAGAAAGGAGGUUCGGUAUUACUUUAUUUAAUUUUUGCUUUGUUCCAAAGUGGCACAAUAUAAAAGUGGACUACUGAUGCCCCUGAAAUCAAAGUAUGAGAUGAAACAUGCACACGUGCUUCUACUAUGUUAGCAGGGUUUCCUUCAUUUAGUCUACAAGGCAAUGCAUUGUGCUUUUCGUUGUUUCUCUAGUUGCACUUCAGAGUUCAGCCUUUGUCAUCGCUCUAAAAUAUGUUUCUGAUGGUUGCUUUUUUUUUUAGAGAAAGAGAGAGGUGUAAACACGUUGUUUUCAUAUGCAUAUUAUGAGUCAUUGCACAAUGUCAUGUUCCUCAUUAAUAAUCUGACAAGCCAUUUGCUAGUCAAUUUGCACGGCGCUUGGCGGAUGCACAAAGCGUGCGUUUGUCUUCGGGGGCCGAUACAGAUAGUAGAGAGAAUUCCCGCCAGAGGUUUUAAUAUAACUAAGCAAAAGAGAUUUAGGAAAAACAUAGCUGCAUGCUCUGAAUGUGGCAUGGGUAGCUACAUGUGCUGCAUGGCUGUGUCCAAACCAGCCCAGGCAUUCAGAGUGUAGGAAAUGUGAUGUGUGCAAGAAGUGUCAGUUUUUGCUUGUACAUACAUUAAAAUAGCAUUGGAACAAGUA